AUGCAAGCUCAUCAGUCGGGAACUCAGAGCUUCGAAAGUAAUAAUUCAUUUGGCAAUUUAUGGAUUAAUUAUGCGAUUCUUGAAGCCCUGACGUGGUUCGAGUAUUUAAGUAUGAGCUUCAUUUGCACAUGUAAAGAGCAAAAGACUCAAAGAACAAAAACAGAAGAAGAAAUAAAAAAAAUUAUUCAGGAAACAAUGGAUUGGUAUUUAAAGAAUAAAUUUUCUUCCCCAUCGUCUUCAUUAAUUACACUUUGCCAUCAUGCAUGA